GUUGGAGCAUGGGAACUUCCCAAGCUUUGAAAGCGGGCAGGCGUGAGCGACCAUGGCCGGCGAGCGGGUCCCGGUUCCUCGGCUCGAGGGUGUCUCCGAGGAGCAGUUCUUGCGGGAUCUGUACCCACAGAGAAAACCCCUGGUGUUGGAAGGAAUCGAUCUGGGGCCGUGUACAAGCAAAUGGACAGUGGAUUACCUAAGUCAAGUUGGAGGGAAAAAAGAUGUAAAGGUUCACGUUGCCGCAGUUGCACAGAUGGACUUCAUUAGUAAGAACUUUGUGUAUAGAACUUUACCUUUUGAUGAGUUGGUCCAGAGAGCAGCUGAAGAAAAGCAUAAAGAAUUCUUUAUUUCAGAGGAUGAGAAAUACUACCUGCGGUCACUUGGAGAAGAUCCGAGAAAAGAUGUUGCAGAUAUCAGAAAACAAUUUCCUUUAUUGGAAGCAGAUAUUAAGUUUCCAAAUUUCUUCAAAAAGGAGCAGUUCUUUUCCAGUGUUUUUCGAAUUAGCUCAUCAGGAUUACAACUUUGGACUCACUAUGACGUAAUGGAUAACUUCUUAAUACAAGUGACAGGAAAAAAGCGUGCGGUACUGUUCAGCCCUCGAGAUGCACAGUAUUUGUAUUUAUCAGGUACUAAAUCGGAAGUGCUGAAUAUAGAUAAUCCAGAUUUGGCUAAAUAUCCACUCUUUUCCAAGGCCAGAAGGUAUGAAUGUUCCCUUAAAGCUGGUGAUGUAUUAUUCAUUCCUGCUUUAUGGUUCCAUAAUGUAAUUUCUGAAGAGUUUGGAGUGGGAGUGAAUGUCUUUUGGAAGCACCUUCCAUCUGAAUGCUAUGAUAAAACAGAUACCUAUGGAAACAAAGAUCCUACAGCAGCAUCAAGAGCUGCACAAAUUUUGGACAGAGCCUUAAAAACACUAGAUGAAUUACCAGAGGAAUACAAGGAUUUCUAUGCACGGCGAAUGGUCCUACAUAUUCAAGACAAAGCCUACAGCAAGAACUUUGAGUAAAGAAUGAAAUGAAUAGAAGGAAUAUAAACAUUUUCAUAAAUUUAGCACAUAUAUUGGGAAACUAUAAUACAUAUUUUAAAUUUUAGAGAUUUAUUCUUUGUUAAAAUAGGGAAGAUAAAUUAAUCUCACAUUUCCAGAUUAAGUUAAAGGGAUGUUUGCAUGGUUUCUACUUGAUACAGAUGGUUAUAAAAAAUUCUGUUUUGGGACUUUUCUCUAGUUCUCUGGUGCAAAUAAUGAAAAAUUCAAUUGUAGAAGGACUUAAACAAUACAAAAAUGUAUAUUUCACUUCAUAAUACAUGAAGUCUACUGAUAGUAUAGGCUGCAGUGUUUCCAAUCCAGUGAUUCAGUAAUGUCAUCAAAAAACCUCAGGAUGCCCCCCCCCCCCACCUCCCC